GAAACUCAACAUAACCAAUCAAGCUAGUAGGUAGGUUAUAGCAUAAUAGGUAAGUCUGCAGUUUCUUGGAAGUGCUUAAUAUCGCUUCUUUCAUUUUCAGGAUCUAUAUUUUAGUGUUAGUAUCAAUAAUUCCUUCGACAACUCUUGAGGAAGAAAGGAAGAAAAAAAAUCGACAUAGAAGAAUUCACAGCGAUGCAGGCCCGCAGGAAUAGUAUGAUUAACCGCGUCGCUCGCCGCUAUGCGCGAGUUCCCGGAGAGCAUGGUGAUGGCAACGCUCCUGCGUUUUAUCCCAUAUCCAUCAAUCCAGGGUGGUGGGGGCAACCCUUUGCGAAAGUUAAAAAUGGCAAAUACCAAGUCAUUUUUUUUCACCUGAUAAUCUUCCCAGUAGUGUUCUACUGGACCUUCGACGUCACCUUUGGGCAGCGCGCGCGCAUUGGAACUCUCGGCAAGCGUGCGCUUCCCUCAAACUUCGCCUUCAGACAACUCGAUUUAGAUGAUCCCGAUCAUGCCAUUAAGUACGAGAGGCUCCAGGAGGAGAUGGCUGAGAAUAAACUAGAGGUUCGCUGGGGUGGCACAAACUUUUUGGCAAGUUACUUGUGGGAGCCCGGCGAUCCAGAGCCCGAUAUUCGUCGAAAAGAACCCCCGAAACAUGCCCAUGGGCACCACUAG